ACGCCCACAGUACACGUGGUUGUAUCUUGUCGUUGACCCUGUUUAUCGUUCUGUCCACAAUCACUGUGAACGCUCUACAAACCGUGGACGUCUGAGGAUUUUUGUUCAAACUAAAACUUACUUUGCCAGGGGCAGGAAUCGAAAAUUACUGUCUGAGUCUUGGAGUGAAAAUGUCGGAAGCUGCAAUUAAAAGACAUCAAGAUAUGUACAAGAGUAGAACACCACCAUGGAAAGAAACUUAUAGAAAGAGAUGUUUAGAUCGUUUAAGAGGAAGUCGAGAGAAAUUGAUGACAAGGUUUCGUAAGAUAGAUAUGAAUAACGAACCUACCACUGAUGAUACAUUUAUUAAAGAUUUAAUGACAGAAGAAUGGAAAAGUUUACAGAGAGAACAAACUGAUAUAGAUUUUGAAGGUGAUGUCAAUGGUGUUGAUAAGAUGUUAAGUUUAUUUGAAGAUAUUCAAGAAGAAUUGAGACGUGAAGAACUAAGAUUAUUACAAGAACAUGAGAAAUAUGAAGAAAGUUUACAACAAGAGGAAGUGGUUUUAUCUUCAGCCAUUGAAAAACUUUCUACAGAUGAAGUUAUUUGUCCAAUUUGUCAGAAAUCUGUGUUGAUGAUGAAUCAGAAUAUUAUAUUUUGUCGAUGUGGAAUGAGAAUAAACACUGAGCAAGAUUGUAUAAGUUUGGGUGAUGUUAAAGUACAGUUAGAAUCGGCCAUAUCACAACACAAUUCUUCCUGUUCUUAUAAUCCUGUUUUUAAGGUCAUGUCAGAGUUUGGACCGCAACAUUUACUGAUGGCUUGUCAGGCCUGUGAUUUUAUGUACAUUAUAAUAUAGAAAAAGUGACAUUAAAACAUAGCAGGUGUAAAAAGUGACAUUAAAAUAUAGCAUGUGCAAACAGUGACAUCAUUAAAUGUAGCAGGUGUAAAAAGUGACAUUAAAACAGUGACAUCAUUAAAAAAUAGCAUGUGUAAAAAGUGACAUUUAAACAUAGCCGGUGUAAAAAAGUGACAUCAUUAAAAUAUAGCAGGUGUUAAUACUGACAUCAUUAAAGCAUAGCAGUUGUAAAAAAAAGUGACAUCAUUAAAACAUAGGUGUAAAAAAGUGACACCAUUAAAAUAUAACAGGUGUUAAUAUUGACAUUAUCGUACAACAUUAUUCAGUGAAGCAUGUAUAUAUAUGCGAUCAGAAUACAGUUCUGGAUGUGUGAGAUAAGGAACAAAAGGAAGUAAUUAAUAACUUGUUUUGAAUGGCUGAAUUAUUGAAUUAUGGAAAGUUUGAAUGUUGUAAAUGUAAGUCAUAUAGCCAGUGAGUUUUACCACUAGUUGUGUACAAUGUCCAUACCUUUAUAAAUUAAUUUAAUAUUCAGAAUCUGGAAUGAUAGAAUAUAUUCUUGUAAAUAAAUUUGUAUAUUUUCAUUGUAUUAAAAUAUCAGUAUUUAUUUUCUUUAUGUACUUGUUUUCACUUAAGGGUUCAGACAGAAAUGUUGGAUGUUUAAAGACACAUGGGUUCCAUGUCAUUUCAUUAAGAUGGCUGUUAAUCAUUCAUUUCAGCAGAAAGUUUGCAGUGGUGUAUCUAAUAAUUACUUAUAUAUUUUUUGCAAUGUCUAAUUUCUGUGUUGUCCGCAGGUUUAUCUUGUAGAUUUUUGUUUUGCGUGUAGUGUGGUCCUCCUGCACUUACUAUUAAAGAGUUUUGCCUUUA